UUCUUCAUUCAUCCAUUCAUUGCAAUUUACAAAUCACUACUUUUUCAUUAUUUAGAGAGAGAGAGAUGUUGAAAGGUAUAGUAGAUACGCUGACGGGGAAACAUGAGGAGGAGAAGAAGAUCAAAGGAAGAGUGGUGUUGAUGAAGAAGAAUGUUCUAGACUUCAACGAUUUAGGAGCAUCGAUUCUCGAUCGUCUUCACGAAUUGGUCGGUCAAACCGUUACGCUUCAUCUCAUCAGCUCCGUCCAUUCCGACUCUGAAGGAAAUAAAUUGAAGGGGAAGGUGGGGAAAGGAGCAGAGCUAGAAAACUGGAUCACAACAAUCACAUCUCUGAAACCAGAAGAUUCAGCAUACGAGGUGACGUUCGAUUGGGAAGAAGACAUCGGAAUCCCGGGCGCAUUCCUGAUCAAGAACAACCACCACAGCGAGUUCUUCCUCAAAACCCUAACCCUCGAGGACGUCCCCGGCCACGAGCACGCCCCCAUCCACUUCGUCUGCAACUCUUGGGUCUACCCUUCCGACAAGUACAAAUCCGACCGCAUCUUCUUCGCCAACCAGGCCUAUCUCCCCUCCCAAACUCCGCCUCCACUUCUGCCCUACAGAGAGGCGGAGCUCCUCGUCUUGCAAGGAGAUGGCACCGGAGAGUUGCAGGAGUGGGAUCGAGUCUAUGACUACGCUUAUUACAAUGAUUUGGGCGACCCUGAUAGUGGCGAGGAUUCCGCCCGACCCGUUCUUGGUGGAUCCUCUCAGUACCCUUAUCCUCGCCGGGGGAGAACUGGCAGGCCUCCUACUGAAACAGAUCCUAAUACUGAGAGCAGGAUCCCAUUGCUUAUGAGCUUGAACAUCUACGUCCCGAGAGACGAGCGUUUUGGGCAUCUGAAGCUGUCUGAUUUUCUGGGUUAUGGCCUCAAAUCCAUCACGCAGUUCCUUCUCCCUGAGCUAACAGAUUUGUGUGCCAGCCUUAGCAACGAGUUCACGAGCUUUGAAGACGUCCUCCAGAUCUAUGAGGGGGGAAUCAAGCUGCCGGAGGGGCCCCUGCUUCAGAACAUAUAUGACAAUGUCCCUGUGGAGCUGCUCAGUGAUAUUUUUCAUAGAGAUGAUGAUGGUUUCUUCAAGUACCCAAUGCCGGAUAUCAUCAAAGAGAGUAAGACUGCGUGGAGGACGGAUGAAGAGUUUGCUAGAGAGAUGGUUGCAGGGAUGAACCCUGUCAUAAUUAGUCGUCUGCAGGAGUUUCCUCCGAAGAGCAAUCUUGACACUCAACUGUAUGGGAACCAGAGUAGCAAGAUAACGUGGGAUCAUAUCAAGAAUGGAGUGGAUGAGCUCACUCUUGAAGAGGCGUUGGAGACAAACCGGUUGUUCAUACUGAACCAUCACGACUCGCUGAUGCCAUAUCUGAGGAGGAUCAACAGCACCACUACUAAAAUGUACGCCACAAGGACUCUGCUUUUCUUGCAGAAGGACGGGAGUUUGAGGCCCUUGGCGAUUGAGCUCAGCCUCCCGCAUCCGGAUGGGGAUGAACAUGGUGCUGUGAGUCAGGUGUACACUCCUGCUCAAGACGGCGUUGAGGGUUCGAUUUGGCAGCUGGCCAAGGCCUAUGUUGGAGUUAGUGAUUCUGGAGUUCAUCAGCUCAUCAGCCAUUGGUUGAAUACUCAUGCUGCGAUAGAGCCAGUGGUGAUUGCAACGAACAGACAAUUGAGUGUGAUGCAUCCUAUUCAUAAGCUUUUGCAACCCCACUUCCGUGACACAAUGAACAUCAAUGCUUUUGCACGACAAAUCUUGAUCAAUGCUAAUGGAAUUCUUGAGGCAACCGUCUUCCCUGCUCGAUAUGCUAUGGAGCUAUCUUCAUUCAUCUACAAGGACUGGAAUUUCACCGAUCAGGCUCUCCCAGCUGAUCUACUCAAGAGAGGAAUGGCUGUGGAAGAUUCAAACUCCCCACACGGAAUCCGCCUGGUGAUGGAGGACUAUCCAUACGCAGUGGACGGCCUCCAAAUCUGGUCGGCUAUAAACACAUGGGUGGAUGACUACUGCAACUUGUACUAUCCCACAGACGAGGCUGUGAAGGGUGACACCGAGCUACAAUCAUGGUGGAAGGAGCUCCGAGAGGAGGGGCACGGUGACAAGAAGGAUGCCCCGUGGUGGCCUAAAAUGCAAACCCGCAAGGACCUCAUUGACAGUUGCACCAUCAUAAUAUGGAUUGCAUCCGCGCUGCAUGCAGCGCUCAACUUCGGGCAAUACCCCUAUGCCGGGUUCAUGCCCAACCGCCCCACCGUGAGCCGCCAGUUCAUGCCUGAGCCAGGCAGUGAGGACUACGAGUUGCUGAAGACGGACCCGGACAGGGUGUUCUUGAAGACCAUCACGGCGAGGCUGCAGACGCUGCUGGGGAUUUCCAUUAUCGAGCUACUGUCGAGGCAUUCCUCGGAUGAGAUAUAUCUCGGGCAGAGGGACACCCCGCUGUGGACCAAGGAUGAGGAGGCGUUGGUGGCGUUUGAGAGGUUCGGGAAGGUGUUGGGUGUGGUGGAGAAGAAGAUCACGGAGAUGAAUAGUGAUGAGAAGUGGACAAACAGAGUUGGGCCUACCAAGCUGCCUUAUACCUUGAUGUAUCCCAUGAGUGAAGAGGGGGUGACUGGCAGAGGGAUUCCUAAUAGUACCUCUAUCUAAAGUCUCUUAUUUGAUUUUAAUCAUGUUGAUCUAGGAUUUUCUCUUGCUAUCGGUCGUGAAUAAAUGGAUUCUAGAUUUAGUAUGUAAUGUUAGGAUUUAUCUCAUGUAACUUUGUAUGUAACUUUGUUCCUGCUAUGAAUAAUAUGUAUGACUUCUUUCUAAAUAAUUAAUGUGUUUCUCUAUUUGUUUGUACAUUUUUCA